AUGGCCGGGAAGAAGGGCGCCGAGAACAGCAAGAAGGUUGCGGGCAACGCCCGUAAAGCCGAAGCCGCCGCAGCCAAGGAUGCUGCCAGCAACGCGAAGAAGGCUGCCAUCGAGGAUGCCGAAUGGGCAAAGGGCGGCAAGGAUGGCUCCAAGAAGGAAGCCGAAGCAGCGAAGAAGGCCGAGGCUGCACGAAAGAAGGCCGAGCGCGAGGCGGCACUGAAGGAGGAGGAGGCCAACACCCCCGGUCGCAACACACCCAAGAAUAACAAGACGGCCACGAAGAAGACGCGCGGGCUGGAUCUCUCACAGCUCGAUGGCGACAGCAGCAGCAAGGCCGCAACGCUCAACGCUUCGGGCAUUGACAAUGCGCUUGAUGCCUUGUCGCUCACGGGCAAGACUGACAGCGGCAAGAUUGACAAGCACCCCGAGAGGCGCUUCAAGGCUGCGUACGCCGCCUUCGAGGAGCGGAGGCUGCAGGAGAUGGAGAGCGACGGCAGCGGUCAGGGCUUGCGGCUCAAUCAGAAAAAGGAUAAGGUGCGCAAGGAGUUUGAGAAGAGCCCCGAAAACCCCUUCAACCAGGUCACGGCGCGGUUCGACGCGACCAAGGAGGAGAUCGCCGAGAUCAAGAAGAACGAGAGGACCAAGAUCGAGAACCGCCUGGGCGCGUAA